UCAUCUCCUUUUUCCUCUCAAAAAGUCUAAGAAAUUGAUAAUAGCAGGAAGUGCAUUAAAGAUAACAGCACCAGAAUUCGCUAUCUUCGGCGUUAAGAGACAAUUGGUUAAGUACAACUGUACAAGUAGGGGUGGGCGAAUGGCUGUCUCAAAAACCAUAAAAACUCUUAUGUAUUGAUAUUCAACCAAGUUUAAUUUUCGUUACGAUUCCGUAAACACCUCCGUUUUGGUAGGUUUGGAGUUACCUUCGUUCUCUUUUGGAACACGAGGCUAGACACAAGUCUUUCUCUUUUGGGUCUGGGGUUUUGCUAGACUCUAUCAAAUGUGACGCGAUCGGCCCCCUAGAUUGAGUCUCGAUCGCCGUAAACGUUGAUCGGAGCUUUGACUCUGCUCUGUACGUGUUCUUUUCGAUGGGGGAUUACAUCAGCAGCGAGGAUGAGUACUAUAAUGAUUAUAACGAUGAUGAUCGGGACUCUUUGGAUGGGUACCAGCACUUUCGUUUUGAGGGUGGGUGCCAGAAUGAGAGUGCGACAUCCAGUAAGGUAAUUACAAAGGAAUCUCUUUUGACAGCACAGAAGGAAGAUUUGCAUAGAGUAAUGGACCUGCUACCAUUGGGGGAACACCAUGCUAGAAGCUUACUUAUUCAUUGUCGUUGGGAUGUUGAAAGGGUGUUGGCAGUCCUUGUGGAGAAGGGAAAAGAACAGCUAUAUGCUGAUGCGGGUGUGACAGUGGUGGAGCAUGAUGAUCUUUCCUUGUCAAAGUUUUCAUCUCCAUUAACAUGCAAUAUCUGCGUUGACGAUGUAUCUACUAACGAGAUGACAAUAAUGGACUGUGGCCACUACUUUUGUAACAAUUGCUGGACGGGGUAUUUUAUUGUGAAGAUAAAUGAUGGUCAGAGUAGACGCAUUAGGUGCAUGGCAUACAAGUGCAAUGCUAUUUGUGAUGAAGCAAAAAUCAGAAAGCUAGUAAGUGCAAGAGAUCCUAAUCUGGCAGAGAGAUUCGAUCGUUUUCUUUUGGAAUCAUACAUUGAGGAUAAUAGAAGGGUGAAAUGGUGCCCUAGUGUUCCCCAUUGUGGGAAUGCCAUUCGUGUUGAGGUUGAUGAAUUUUGCGAGGUUGAAUGUGCGUGUGGUCUACAAUUCUGUUUCAAUUGCUCUUCUGAAGCACACUCACCUUGCUCAUGCCGGAUGUGGGAGCUUUGGGGCAAGAAGAGCCAGGAUGGAUCAGAGACGGUUAAUUGGAUUACAGUCCAUACAAAGGCCUGCCCAAAAUGUCAAAAACCAGUGGAAAAGAAUGGCGGUUGCAACCUAGUGAGUUGUAUAUGUGGACAAUCAUUUUGUUGGCUGUGUGGUGGUGCCACUGGUAGAGACCAUACAUGGACAAAUAUCACUGGUCACAGUUGUGGGCGAUAUAAAGAAGAGGAUGUGAACAAAUUGGAGCAUGCAAAAAGGGAGCUCUCACGUUAUGUUCACUAUCAUGAUCGAUACAAAGCUCACACAGAUUCUUUUAAGCUUGAAAUUAAGCUGAAGGAAACCAUACAGGAAAAUAUAUCAAAACUGGAAGAAAGGGAUUCAGCAUUCAAAGAUUUCAGUUGGCUUACAAGUGGACUUAACAGGCUCUUCAGGUCGAGGCGGGUUCUCUCAUAUUCCUACCCGUUUGCAUUUUUCAUGUUCGGUGACCUGUUCAAUAAUGAAAUGACCGAGGCAGAAAAGGAAAUAAAACAACACUUGUUUGAAGAACAACAGCAACAGCUUGAGGCAAAUAUUGAGAAGCUUUCACUGUUCAUAGAGGAGCCAUUUCAUCAGUACACGGAGGACAAAGUUGCAGAAACAAGAAUGAAAAUUAUGAAUAUGUCUGCAAUCACUGAUAACCUCUGCAAAAAGAUGUAUGAGUGCAUUGAGAACGAUUUGUUGGGUCCCCUCCAGCAGGCAAUUCAUAUUAUAGCUCCUUAUAAAUCAAAAGGUGUGGAGAAAGCGUCAGAACUUCCGCUUUGUUGGGGGCCCAAUGCUGGUGAUUCUAGCAUAAAUGUGGAAGCAAAUUUGAAGAUAAAUAAGACCAAAACGUCUUUCAAGAGCUACUGACACAUGCAUAUAUAGGAUAAAUAACGACACCUUGUCAACCUUCUUCCCGCUUUGUGGGUUCAGAUGAAGGUGGUUGCUCUUCCCGGAAGCGCACUAGGAUAGGAAGGUCCUGCAGACAAUCUCAUCAAUCUGAAUGGUGCUAGCUGAUGGAGGUGAUUCAUUAGGGUCCUAACUUCAUUUCACGUAAAAAUGUACAGUUUUAUGACUCAAGGUUGGCCCAUCCAUUACAGUUUUCUAGUCAAUCAUCAAAGAAUCACAGCAUGGUGUCAGCUGCUGGCAAGGUUCUCUUUUCUCUCUUUUGAUUUUUAUUAUAUCUCGUUUGUAUAUAGUCUUUUUCAAGGUUUAUAUACCGUGGAAGACUCUUAUAUCUAUUUUGAAAUAAUAGAGCAGUACAAUGGCUUCAACAUCUCCUUUUAGGGAUUGAGCCAUUGGUUAUGUUUUUGUAUA